CGUCGGUCUGUCCGCCUGUGCGCGCGCUCUGCUCGGGCGGGCGCGCGCCCGGCUGCGUGACGUCACUGGUGUGGAGAAGAUGGCGGCGCUCGUGAAGGCGGAAGUGUUGCAGUUUCGUCCUCCCUGGAAAGUGUGACCGCCUCCUGCAGGCCGGAGGAGUGUGUGAACUUCACCAUGAACAACAAGGACACGACCACAGAGUCCGAGACCAGCGGUCAGAUGAAAGUGUUUUUACCCAAUAAACUGCUGGAGUGUUUGCCUCGUAGCACCACUUUACCCAAAGAGAGACUGCGCUGGAACACCAACGAGGAAAUUGCAUCCUUCCUGAUUUCAUUCGACAGACAUGACGAGUGGCUUUCCUGCACGCUGAAGACCAGACCCCAGAACGGCUCCAUCAUCCUCUACAACCGCAAGAAGGUCAAGUACAGGAAAGAUGGGUACUGCUGGAAGAAGAGGAAGGACGGGAAGACGACCAGAGAGGAUCACAUGAAGCUGAAGGUUCAGGGCAUGGAGUGUCUUUAUGGUUGUUAUGUUCAUUCCUCCAUCGUCCCAACAUUCCACAGGAGAUGCUAUUGGCUGCUGCAGAACCCAGACAUUGUUCUGGUGCACUAUCUGAACGUGCCGUCUCUGGAGGACAGUGUGAAGUCGUGUGGUCCGGUGUCGUGUGCUCUGACCGACCGCAGGGACAGUCUGCGCUGGAGCCGAGAUGAACUGCUGUCUCAACUCAAACCCAUGUUCCACAGUAUGAAAUGGUCUUGUGGAGGCAAUGGUUCUGUGGAGCUCUCAGUGGAGCAGAUGGUGCAACAGAUCCUAGAAACACAACAGACCAAACCACAACCUCGAACACACACCUGCCUCUGCGCGUCUCCCGGGUCCAACAUUCCUCACCGCUGCAACAGCACCAAACACCGCAUCAUCUCGCCCAAACUGCCCACCCCUCACCCCGCCCUGAGCGAGCUGCAGAAUCUGGCCAAUGAGGGCUCAGAGGUCGGGCGGGAGGCGGGGCCAGGCGACGCGCUAGUCGCUGUUGUGCCUUCAGAGAGGAAGCAGCCAGAAGAUGGCGGGCGGGGCGACGAUCCGGGGGGCGUGGCUUCACCGUGCUCCGCUUCUUCCUCCUCGUCUUCCAGUCCUCCCCAAACUCAGCGGGCGCCGACAAUCGCUCUUAGCAACGGAAACGGAUUCUACGGUGAUCAGCGGGGCGGACUUGCGGCUCUCAUCGUCAUGACGACGGCGCCACCGGUGGGGCGUGGCUGUGGGGAGGAGCCAAACGCAGAGCUAGGCUCCACCCACCUGUCGCUCACCCGUGCCGGCGGGCGUCUCGUUUUGUCUCCUGUGCCGCCCAAACAGGACACGCCCUCCCCUCCAAGCUCCGCCUCCCCGUCAAGCCCUGCCCCUGCCAAUCAGGGCGUGGCCACGCUGUCACUCACUCUCCUGCCCAGCCCCGUGAUUGGAGGGCUGCUGCUGACCGACACCCCCGGGGCACUCCUGCCCCCAAACCCGACGUCUCCAUCGCCCUCGCUGCUCCCGUUCGACCCCGACUCCUUCCUGAACAGCCCCAAACAGGGGCAGACCUAUGGAGGCCCUACCCUCAUGCAGCACUCAGUCUCCGCCUCUUCUUCCCCAUCUCCGCCCCCCUCCACAUCUCCUCAGCCGCCAUCUCUGGCUCUGUCUCUUUCUCCCACGUCUCCGCCGUCGUCUCUAUCCUCAUUCUCUUCCGAGACAGAAAGGAAGAGUAUUCCGGGUCGUCCCUCUCCCUCACUAUCUCUUUCGCUCUCUCCAGCGCGAACGACUCCCGCGCUCCUCCCGCUGUGUCUGGAGUCGUCUUUAGGACUCCACUCGCUGAGUUCCCCUCUGUCUGUCCCGCCCUCCGACGACAGAGCUCCUCCCACCGGAUUCUCCGCUCAAGCCCCGCCCGGUCAUCUCUUGACCAAUCCACUCUCACCCACCACCCAAAUAACACCCUCCCUCGAAGUGCUGCCGACCGCUCCGCUGCCUCCAGAGGGAGAAAAGGCGGAGUCACAGCACCCCUGUCUCUUAGAGUCACACUCCAUGUGCAUUCAACCUCAGAAUCUGACCACGCCCCCAAACGCGAGUCCCAUACAAGUCAAGCAGGAGCAGUCUCCGCCCACUCAUGCACAUUUCGAAUCAGAAGUCACGCCCAUGGACACCACACACUGCGGCCAUAUAGACGGCGAGGAGGCGGGGCUUACGUUUGACUCCGCCUUCCCCGACCUCAUAUCUGAGCUGAUCACAGAGGAGCCCGUCAGUCACCCGCCUGCCCCGGCUCCGCCCGUUUACCCCGUCCGCUACAUGGUUCCUCCUCAGCCCACACCGUCCACCUCGUUCCUGCCCUUCCCGCUCCUCACAAACUCCGGAGAAAACCCGGCGGAGACCCAGCGGCUCGCCAACAUCACAGACUUCUCGCCCGAGUGGUCCUACCCCGAGGGCGGAGUGAAGGUGUUGAUCACAGGCCCGUGGUCAGAGACGGACGGACGAUACUCGUGUGUGUUUGACCAGAGCAGAGUUCCUGCUUCUCUCAUCCAGCCGGGAGUCCUGCGCUGUUACUGUCCGGCUCAUGAGGCUGGACUCGUCGCUCUUCAUGUGUUGAAGGACUCCAGCGCCGUUUCUUCUUCUGUUUUGUUCGAGUACCGCGCUCGCAACGCCUCGUCUUUACCGAGCUCUCAGCUGGACUGGUUAUCACUGGAUGAUAACCAGUUCAGGAUGUCGAUUCUGGAGCGUCUGGAGCAGAUGGAGCGGCGGAUGGCAGAAAUGUCUAAUACCAGUCAUCAGAGUCAGCACAUGAAUCAUUAUCAUCAGCAGCUGAGGAACCAGAGCUCGGCUCCGCGCCUGACUCCUGAGAACCAGCUGUGGCUGUGGUUCGAGCGCAGGAUCGUGGCUGUGUGUGAGCGCAUGAUGUCCGGCGGCCGCUGGGAUCGCUCCGGAGAGACGGACAGACUCACACACUCCGUCAGACACCGAGGGAUGACGCUCCUGCACCUCGCCGCCGCUCAGGGAUACACACAGCUCAUACACACACUCAUACGCUGGAGGAGUAUCAGUGUGAAUAGUUUGGAUCUGGAACAGGAAGUGGAUCCUCUGAACGUCGAUCAUUUCUCCUGCACACCUCUGAUGUGGGCGUGUGCUCUGGGUCACCAGGCCGCCGCCGUCUUGUUGUACCGCUGGAGCAGCGCGGCUCUGGGAAUCCCGGACUCUCUGGGUCGUCUGCCUCUGGCCGUGGCACGUUCACGAGGACACACACGUCUAGCGCGCUGCCUGGAGGAGUUACACACACACACACUGGACACACCCUCUCCUCCGUACCGCCCACUGUCUCCACUGUCCAGCAGCCCCGACACCGGUAACACACACUUCAUCAAACACACUUUAUUUUUUCUGUGCUUUCGUUUUCAUUUUCUAAGUUCUAACGCCGAGAACGAGGACUACCUGUCCGACGAGGUCCUACAGGUUGACAUGGCAACGCUGGCCGAGCAGAUCAUCGAGGCCACGCCUGAGCGAAUCAAACUGGAGGAGUUUAACCGGGAGGCGGAGUCACCGCUGCGAGAGAGGCGGGACAAUCCUGCCAUUCACGACACCAUGCCGUGGCUCGCAACGUACCUGGACACCGUCGACAGGAGUCUGUGUCCCACCCCUCCCUCGCUCCUCAGUGAUUUGGCGCUGCAGAGGCUCCGCCCCCCAAGCAGCGCAGCAUGGGCGGAGUUUCUGAACGCCUCAGCCAAUGGAAGGAUGGAGAGAGACUUUGCCCUGCUGACACUGACAGACACAGAGCAGAGAGAGCUGUAUGAAGCUGCACGCGUCAUCCAGAACGCCUUCCGCAGAUACAAGGGGCGGAGGCUGAAGGAGCAGCAGGACAUGGCCUCAGCCGUAAUACAGCGCUGUUACCGUAAAUACAAACAGCUAACAUGGAUAGCACUGAAGUACGCUCUGUAUAAGAAGAUGACGCAGGCGGCCAUCCUGAUCCAGAGUAAGUUCCGUAGUUACUACGAGCAGAAGAAGUUCCAGCAGUCUCGGCGGGCGGCGGUCCUCAUCCAGCAGUACUACCGCAGCUACAAGGAGUACGAACGCGUCAAGCAGGGCCCGCGGGGCCCCGGGGCCCUCAACACCAAGCUCAAAGGAUCCUUCCUGACCAAGAAACAGGAUCAGGCCGCUCGGAAGAUCAUGCGCUUCCUGCGCCGCUGCAGACACAGGAUUAAGGAGCUGAAACAGAGUAAAGAGCUGGAGCAUAAAGGACUGACCACCUGACCCCACACACACACACACACACACACACACUCCUACAGCCGUGUUUACAGCCGUCAGCUCAUCACACACACACACACACACACACACACACACAGAGGAUUGUCUUUGGCUUGUUUUUUCCAGUCGUUGCUGCACUACCGUUGACGUUCAGCUUUCCUGAAUGUUUUUUUCUGUAUUAAUGGAUCUCUAUAUAAAUGUAAACAGCAUCUACUCUCAUAUAUAUAUAUAUAUCUCUCUAUACAGAAGGGUCAGAAACACUCGGCUGAUUGUGUCCACGUGAAGAUGUUUAUCGGUCUCUUGGAGAUGUGUUUUAGAAACGACCGGACGAACGCCGCGUCCGUAUCCAAAGUCUUAAACCGCGGUUGCCAUGGUAACACACCGCGGAAACGUGAAGUUGCUCGGGACGGCAAUUUAUGAUCAUGAAGUGUAAUCAAAACUAUAUCAGUCUGACAGAUAAAAGACGUUUCUCUCAGAAAA